AUGCGAAGGGAGGGUGCCAGUGAUGCAAUGGAUAAAUACCUUUUGGAAAAACUGAAGAUGAAAGAAAUCAACAGGCUUGGGAUCUGCGAGACUAAACCAGAACGUUUCAUCACCAGUUCAGAAGAUUUAAUUACACCUUCUGUUGGAAUACUUGUCAAGAUAACUUCUCUGGCGAUCUAUUUCGUUACUUGCAAACUGCCUCAGAGUUCAUCGUGUCAGCUUAAAGCCUCUGUAUCUUUUGCGGAACCAUUUUCCCUUCAUUUUGAAAAUAUACCAAGAGAGCUGGUUGAUAAUAUUCUGGAGGAAUUGGAGCUUUGCGUAAUGUUGCUGGAAGCCUGGCCUGGAGAGGGACAGGGUGAUGCUGGAUUUGAAUUGCCCAGGCGUUGGAAGUUGCGAGGCAUUUACGUAGCAGAGCCACCCAGCUUCUGUUGGGCUAAUACAAAUGCAUCUCUCCUACCCAAGUGCACCAGGGCAGCUGGCCUCUACAAAGUCUUUCCAUAUAAGGAGAAUUAUCUGCAAACUUUUUUUUUUAACUCACCAAACACAACUUUUUCCUGCUCUCUGUUGCUGCUGUAUCCCCUUACACACCGUAAUGUGAAGAUAUCCUUUACAUUCUUCACUGACUUCAUUUGGAGGGAUUGGGAUGAUGAUGAAAGCUGUGAGAAAUACUCAGCUCUGGGAGGAACUAUUUGUGCUGCAGUGAGUCACCAGUUUUAGAAAAAACAUCUGGUAACAUAUAAAAUCUUGUGUUUGGACUUGAUUCAUUAUCAAAGUAGCGUUAAAGAAGAACCAGCCACUAGAGAAGCUGAUGAAUACUGGAAAACGUACUGUGCUAUUUACUUUUUUUUCAGUUUGUGCAAAUGCAGGAAGCGGUGCUCACUCUUUCCUGUCCAGGUGAAAGAUUUUUCAGUGGACACUCCAUUUCAGCAACAUGAUAAUUUGAACAUGGCUUUAGGAAGUUGGUACAGUAGAGACCACACAGUCAUUUUCCCAGGAGAAUAUGAGGCUGUAAACUUAUCUCUGUUAACUAGAGACAUUAUUAUUGGACCUUAUAUCCUGAAAAUAAUACAGAGGGACUCCUUCAGCUGCCCGUCAAUUCUGAGACAGCACUAUUGUCACUGUUACUCUUCUCCUUUUUCCCUUGGAACUGGAAAACCAGAAGAACCCAUGAUUGUUUCCGAACCCCCUCAUGAGAGCUCUGCAGUAUCAAAAGCCCAAAAUACAAAACUGACGCACCUUAGGUCGGUACAGCAGAGAACGAGCACAAUAGUGUCGCAGCUGCUGCAUCUGGCAUCCGUGCUCACUGGAGCUUCCCUGACCAUCACAGAUCAUGAAAUUACUGGAGCUCAGGGCUCUGCUGUUGAGCUGUACACAAGAAGCACAGCCAUCUUAGAGACUUACAAAAUUCAUCAUUGUACUAGUACCAGAACCAGUGAGACCUCACAUCACAGCCAGGGGGGCAUUAAUGUUAAGGUUGUUCCUGAACCCAAACUGGAAAAGAAAAAUAAUCCCAUUUUCAGUAAUGGUGACAGAGCGACCAUUCUUCAAUCUACAGAAAAGUCUACAUUAGCAGAAAGGGUUGUGGAGUUUACUGCACCAGAUGAUGCAGAAGAAGAUACAAACUCCAAAUUAAUUCCAGAUUUAAGUUUGGAGAUGAAUACUGAUGCACUUGAUGAUAUCAAAGAUAGCUGUGUAAUUCACAGCUGGAUAUCUAAGCUUCAGGUGGCAUUGGGCUUUUAGCAGUUUUGGUUAAAGAAACAGUGCUUCACCCUCACCUAGUUUUCAAGAGCUCAUUAGAAAUACAAAAAAUUUUGGACUUGCUUUAAACUUCACUCAAACACCAACAUCUCCCACACCCCAGUAAGCGCAACUAAUUACUGUUCUGAGUACGCGUUCCAGUUGGAUUAGCAGGGAGGUUAAUCUCGUCAGACUCAGUAACGUAACAGGAUUCAUACCGAGCUGUGCCCACAGGCAUCUUCCUCUGCUGCUGCAGUACAAAGUGUGCGCGAGAGCUGCAGUACAAAGUGUGCGCAAGAGGCAGUACCCGCCUGCUGCUGCCCCAGGCCAGCACAGCUGGGUUUGUGGCCAUGCAAUAGGAGGCAAGGGAGCCCAACCAGUUUGGGCCAAAAAACCCACCCUCAUUCAUACACACACAUUUAUUGUAAGCUGGAGCGCUUCUCUCAUCUUGUUCACACAGAUGUUCCUGCACAACACAGCCUGAGCAUAGAAAUCCUGGAGAGUAAUCUGUACCUGCAGGUACACCGUGUCAUGCACCCCUGCUCCAGGGCACUUCCCAGCUACUCGUCUGGGAGGUAUGGAGGAAACCACACCUCACUGGAGCGCUUCUGAUCCCCUCUGUGUUGAUAUACUCCUGCAAGCACCAGGCAGCCAGCUGAGCUUUGAAUGUCUGGAAUCCACAGGCUGCAAUUUCAAUAAAUUCUUAUUAAAGAAUUGCUCUCUCUCACACGCAUUUGGAAGAAUGAAGCAUUACUAUUUUGGAGUAGCAAUGUAAAUGAACACUGCCUCAGAUGAAGGUUAUGGUUCGUGCUUCUGACAUCGCUUCAGGUUCUGCAGAGACAAGCAGCAUCACAUCAGUCUUGAAAAAGGUAUUCCAUGUUCCCGCGUUAUCUGGAUCAGCAGAAGAGCUCCUCAGCUGCCGUGCUGGGAGGUGUUAACACGGCGUGCAGGAGGCCAGUGGCUGGCUGCAAAGGAACCAAGUGCUGCCUGGCAUGGAUAGAAAACCACUGCAGCAAGGCCUAUUUGCACUGUUUGUUAGACAACAAAGAAAAAUCCCCAGUGAACCCAAGUUCUGUAAUUUGAAAUUUGUUUGGCAGAGAAUGGUUUUAGACACUGAAAAGGUUUCCUCAGAACGCCUUAUAACUCCUACAA